UUAAAUUAUUUGUAACAUUUUAAAAUUAUUAGUGAUAUAUCUAUAGAAAAUCUUAAAAUAUAAAAUGACACACGCAUAUUACGCGGACGCGUGGAGAAAAUCAAAUAGGCGACAAAGAGUAUGGUACACAGAACAUUUGAUGCCGGCUCUGCUGGCCGCGAAAGAGAAUCGGGUUCGAGAUAUCGACACUCUCAUAGGUAUGACGCAAGAAUUAAUUGAUAUAUAUAAUGAACCGGCUGCGAAAGCAAUACCCGUGAGUCCUCGUGUUGUGGAACAAAGUGACGAUCUCAAUCUGAUGAAGCCUAUUGAACCCGAAGUGCUGAAUUUAUUGUAUGGAAGCACAGAAAAGGGUGCCGCUGAGAGAUAUCUUAAGGCUAGGUAUAAGAAGGCACCCGAAGAUAAGUUUUAUUUCCGUGUCGCAACCAACUUUGACUAUGGAUGGCAACAGAAGCAGGGUCGAGUAACUCGAGACGUAAAUCAUGGUCGUUGUGCAAUACUACGGGAUACGUUCUAUCGUAAAAACAAUCUGGCACCAGAUCCCAUACAUUAUUCGCAACCUGCCGGUGGCGAAAUAUCGAUUUGCAGCGAAUAUUCGUGUCAUUUCAAUUAAAAACUGUUAAGAUUAACCAUUGGAUAAGCAAAAAUGUUUUAAUUCCUUCAUUUCUCUAAAAGCUAAAUUUCAGACAUUUUAAUAAUAAUAAUAAAAGCCUUUUAUUUCAGAAACAAACACAAUUUCAUUUCUAUCAUUUCAUUCUUCUUAGCUAACUGUGUGCCCUUUCUUGUCAUGUACCUUCUGUUUUCUUAACCUGGUCUUACCUUGAGCACCAGUUAAAUACUUUCUUGCUCCACUUUUCUGUUCCUCUUAC